UCCUGUCCUGCUCCUGCAUGCCUUCCCAUUUUGUUCCUAGCUAACAAGAGGCUCCUCCCACUAGGCUAGUUAUAGCCUUAGCCGCCGGGCAGCCAAGGCCAAGCAAGGGUCGUCAGCCUUUCCAUUUCCCCUCACACAAGAGGAUCGGAGGCUGCCACUACUAGCCAUAGCAUACAGGGGCAGGCAGGCUCCUCCCAAUUAAGCUGCAGCCCACCCAGAGAAGGAAGGAUCAGGGCAGCAAAGUAGCAGACACAGAGUCGUCCUAUAGCUAGAUUUGCUAGCUGUAUCUCCAUUGCAAUAACUGAGUUCAUAUAUACAUAGAACAAGGAAGCUAUAGAGGCGUUUGUUUGAUCGGCAUGAAGGGCGGCGGCGUGCGGUUCGAGUCGCAGCGGUUCCGGCUGCUGACGAUCGUUGUGGGGUGCUUCCUCAUCUCCAUCACCUUCCUCCUCUCCUCCCGCCCUGAAGCCGCCGCAUUCGACACGCUGAGCCCCAAGGCGUGGCUGGAAGAGGCGCGCACGCCGGCGCCGAAGAAGCCGGCGGCCAUCAAGACCGUCGUCGCCGCCAAGUCCUCCUCCUCCUCGCCCGCCGCCUCCUUAGGCCGGGAUUUCCUGGUGGACAUCACGCCACAGCAGCAGGGAGAUCAGAGCGGCGCGAGCCAUGGCGAUGGCCACGGGAGCAGCACCGGCGGCGAGAAGACGACAGAGUCGACGGAAUGGGUUAAGGACACGGUGAUCAUCCAGGAGGUCAGGGGUUCCUCCGGCGGCGAGCGAGCUGAGCCACAGGAGAAGCGCGACCGGAAUGCCGCUGCCGGCGCCCAAGACGAAGCAGCCGCAGAGGAGGCGGUGGUCCGCGACGACGCCGUGCGUUCCACGACGACGACUCAGACCGACGUGCAGCCUGCAGGUCAGGAGGAGGUCACGCCCGUCGGUGGUCGUCGGAUGAAGCUCCAGGGCGCCGCGGCGGAGGCGGUGAUGACGACGGAGGAGCAGCAGACGCCGGCGAGCUCCGAGACGACGGCACGUGCCGCUGACCACCACGAGCUGCAACAGCAGCCGCUCCCGACGUUGUGCGACUUCUCCGACCAGCGCAGCGACGUCUGCGACUUCACCGGCGACAUCCGCAUGGACGCCAACACGUCAUCCUUCGUCCUCGUCGUCGGCCAAGGGACGAGCCCGCAGUCGCACAAGGUGCGCCCCUACCCACGCAAGGGCGACGAGACGUGCAUGGGCCGCGUCACCGAGAUCAACGUGCGCACAACGACAACGGCUUCUUCUCCGCCGCCGUUGUGUACCCAGACACACGACGCCCCUGCCGUCACGUUCUCGAUCGGGGGUUACACGGGGAACAUCUUCCACGACUUCUCCGAUGUCAUUGUGCCGCUCUUUAACACGGUGCAUAAGUACGCCGGCGAUGUCCAGCUCGUGAUGGCAAACGUGGCGCCAUGGUGGCUGAUCAAGUACGACAAGCUCCUCCGGUCGAUCUCCCGCUACGCGCCGUUGGACCUUGCCGCGGCGGGGACCCGUGGGGAGGUGCAUUGCUUCCGGCACGCCGUCGUCAGCCUCCGCGCGCACCGGGAGCUCAUCAUCGAGAAGGACCGCAGCCUCGACGGCCUCGCCACGCCGGACUUCACACGGUUCCUCUGCUCCGCGCUCUCCCUCCCUCGUGACGCACCCACGAACAUCGCCGACGGAUCCGGCAGGAAGCCACGGCUCCUCAUCAUCUCCCGCCACCGUACCCGCAUCCUCCUCAACCUCGCCGCGGUGGUCCUCGCGGCGGAGGAGGCCGGGUUCGAGGCCGUGGUCAACGAGUCCGACGUCGCCAACGACAUCUCCGAGGUGGGCCGGCUGAUCAACUCCGCCGACGUUCUCGUUGGGGUCCACGGGGCAGGGCUGACCAACAUGAUGUUCCUGCCACCUGGCGCGACGAUGGUGCAGGUGGUGCCGUGGGGCGGGCUACAAUGGAUCGCGCGGAUGGACUACGGAGACCCCGCCGAGGCAAUGGGGCUCCGCUACGUCCAAUACGAGAUCACCGUCGACGAGAGCUCCCUCAAGGAGAAGUACCCUAGGGACCAUGAGAUCUUCACGAACCCGACGGGGCUCCACAAGAAGGGGUUCGGGUUCAUGAGGCAGACGCUCAUGGACGGCCAGAACAUCACCGUCGACGUGGCCAGGUUCAAAGGCGUGCUCCAGGAGGCGCUCGGCAACUACCUCGCCCAGUCAUAGAUAUAGCUACUCUCCCUAGGACUAGUAUAAAUACAAGUAUACCGUAUACCGUGUAUGUAUGUAUGAGAGAUGUAUCUACACUUCUACAGUUUCUACACACACACACAGACACACACAUUUUUAGCUUGUCAAGCUUUGUCACUCAUCCCAUGUACGUACACUUCACACACUAUUUUUUAUUUUUUUUUGCUUCCAUUUCUUUCUGUCUGAAAGGUUAUGUUGAUAGCUUCCUCUCUGAAGCCCCUGCAACGUGCUUGUCGUUAUGGUAUAUGCAGCAGUGCUUUGACUUUUAA